UGUUUACUUGGAACAACAAGAAUGAAAGAAAUUGUAACAAUAACAAUAACAUAAGAGAAUUGUAAACAAACCAAUCAUCAUCUUCUUUGUUUUCAUCGUUUGUUGUUGAACAGUUUUUUUUUUGCUCUUGUUGUGAGAGAAUAAUUAAAAUUGUAAUUAUAUUGAAAGUAUAUUUUUUUCCCCUUUCUUCUUGAUUGUUUCAAUUGUGAGAUUAAAGAUUAAUUUUUAAUCAUCGUAACAAAAUCAACACCAAGUAAACAAAACAAUGGACACUCUUAGACAACAAGUGAUGAUCAACCAGUUUGUUGUGGUGACAGGAUGUAAUCAUGAUCAAGCUAAACAAUUGUUAAACAAUUCUAAUUGGCAAUUUCAACGAGCCUUGAGUAUCUUUUUCCAAGAAGUACCAAUUACAAGUCUGAACGGCAGCGGCGGUGGUGGUGGUGGUGGAGGAUUUCAUUCUGCUGAUCGUUUAUAUCCAUUAUCUACACCAGCUAAUACACCCGCUACUCCACCUAAUUUUCCGGAAACACUUUUAGCCUUCUCUAAAUUGUCAACCACCUCUGAAGUUGCUGCUACCAAAACAAAUUCCAAUAUAAACAAUAACAACAACAACAACAUCGUCAACAAUAAUAAUAAUAACAACAAUAGUACUACGAUAACCAACACAACAACAACAACAGGAACAAUUAACAAUAACAAUGUUACACAACAUCAUUUACCUCACCAUGGAAUCGCUAUACCUCAACAUCAACCCUACAGUCAUCAUCAUCGUCUUCAUCAGCCUCAUGUUAACCAUAACAAUUAGAAAUCAAGA